AUGAAUAACCUAACGAACGACUCGGAAUAUGAGAACAAUUUGAUGUUAUGGACAUUGUUUUUAAGAAAGGCAAUGGGGAGCGAUCCAGUUUGGCUGCAAGUAACUAUUUCGACUAUCCUUUUAUCAAUUUUCGUGGUUGGUCUCAUCGGGAACCUUCUGACAUGCAUAGUUAUCUACAACGAUAGAAGCAUGCACACGGCUACUAACUUCUACCUCUUCAACAUGGCUGUAUCAGACUCGGUAGUGUCCUUUGCCAUCUUUCUGGAAGUGUAUUUGUUUUUGGCUGAAUCAUACUUGUUUGGGAAUAUCGCUUGCAAAAUCCAUUUUUUCUUUGUUAUAUUCUUGUGGAAUAAUAGCACUUUGGUCAUGACGGCGUUAGCAAUAGAGCGGUAUGUAGCGAUUUGGUAUCCGUUGAUGCUAAAGUCUUCGCCUCCUUUGAAAAGAGUGAUGAAGGUGAUAACAAUAAUAUGGAUUAUAGCAAUCUUGGAGACGACUCCUGAAGUGUUGACGGUGGAGCUGAUCAGAACAAACCACAUGUCAGUAUGUUUCACAGUACCCAGUCCGGCUGCUAGAGUUGUGAAUGGAGUUUUGGCUCUGGUGACAUUUGUAGUACCCUUGGGGAUCAUACUGUUUGUAUACAUAAUGAUAGCUUUAAAAGUAAACACAACUGAGAAAUCGAAUUCUAACAGAAAGAUAUUCAACCAUAGAGAUAACAGGAGCAAAGUCAAUAAACUUACUGUAGCGAUGACGCUUUCAUUUCUAAUCUGCUGGCUACCAUUCUUUACUUUUCGCAUACUCAUUUUCUCUUUGGAUAUGCGGCAACUAAUGCAAUUGGAUCAGCUUUGGAGCAUCGGCUACAAGACUGUGCUCAUUAAUAGUUGGUUCAGUAUCGUCUUGAACCCGAUACUUUUUAGCCUAAUGUCCACUAAGUUCAGGAAAGCUCUCAAGAUGUUAUGCAAUAGAAAAAUCCUUAUCCAGCAUGAAAUAACGGCAGUGUAACUAGUCAGACGUUG